AUGCUGUGGCUGUCCGGCGCAGCGCUCCUUUUCGGCUAUUUGGUGGGCAGCCUGCCUACGGCGUAUCUGGCUGCCCGCUGUGCUGCCCAAAGGGCGACCGACAUCCGCGAACUGGGCGAUGGCAAUGUUGGGGCCGGCAACAUCGGACGCAUCCAUGGACGUUGGUGGGGCGCUGGUGUUGGCGCGGUCGAUAUCGCCAAGGGUGCUGCUCCGGUCUUCGCCAUCAAUAUUCUCGUAGGUCUGAUUUCCACGGACGCGCCGGAAUCGGCCGACGUCCUGCCCGAGCUAUCCGGCCCCGGAAUUCUUGCUGGCGCAUCCGCCAUGGCUGGUCAUAUCUGGCCGGUAUGGCUCCGCUUCCGGGGCGGCCGCGGUGCGGCAACCGCCCUUGGCGUGACCGGCGCGGUGCUCACGGGCCCCGUAUUGCUCAUGAGCUUGCCCGCCCUGGUGAUCCUGUUGACCACCCGCAGCACGACGGUCACGCUCGCCUUCAUCUACAUCGCGUCGAUAAUAGUCGCCAAGGCGAUUUUCGACAUUUCGUGGUCGACCAUCUGGUACUGCGUGGCGAUAUUUGUCACCGUGGGGGUGGUCCAUUUUUGGACGCUGAAGUUCCGGCCCAAUCCGUCGGUGGAAUCCGCCCCGGCCGGCUAG